AUGGCGGAUUUGAGGGAAGUUAGGCGUUUUUUGUCAUUAAAAUCCAGCGAUUUAAAGAAAUAUUUGAGGGAAAGGGGUGUUCCCAUUGGAGAAGAGAAGCACCAAGAGCUUGCUGAGAAGGCGUUCUGGACUGAAAAGCUCGGUUUACCUGUAAAGCCAACGGAUGAAGAAGCCGAGCAAGCAAUUCAACAUCAUAAAAGCGAGAAGUUGGUGCUCGAUGGCGGUAUCAUUCGCCUGCCACGGCCUGAAACGCUGACAAAUGGAUGGGAAGAUGGCCCAUCAAGUCUCCCCGAUACCUCUAGAGAUAAUCUAGAUAGCUACAUCAAAGCCGGCAAUCGGAGGAUAGGCUUAGAGAAGACGGAGGGAAAGAGGACACUUGCUCUUGGUAAAGGGCUCUUCAUGUCGGGACACGUCAGGGCUCUUCAAUACCAUGGCAUUAGUGCAAACUUGAGCUACUGCUUUGUACGAGGAAAGGUUAUUCCACAGCAGAAAACAACAGAACCUGCUUAUCACACCUGGGUUGUUAUUCAGAAGGAAUCAGGCCAAGUCUAUACUGCUGAAUGUUCUUGUAUUAUCGGAAUCCAGGCUACAUGUAAGCAUAUAGCAGCUCUCCUUUUUGCUGUUGUGGAAGCGGUGGAGGAAGGGCGAACUGCAUCGUCUACGUCACAGAAACAAGUGUGGGGGACAGUACCGAAGAAGGGGCAAGCGCUGCAUCCACCCCAGUUUGUAAAAGAGAUUAAGAUUGUAGGUGUUCGUGAGGAUGUAUCGCAGCAGGGCACCGAAAGCACAAAAACCUAUCGCUCGGAAUUUGACCCACGUAUACCGGCACAUCGCGUGGACAAGCCAAUUUCAGCUUUCAAGUUGGAUUGGCUUGCAUCAAUUACGAAUGGGAAUUGUGGACUUUUGGUGCAUACAAAGCAAGAAAUGGACCCUAACCACCAAGAGGCAGACGUCACAGUAUGUGCUACACAUGAAACUGUGGAAACGUGUGUACCUGUUCUAACUGUGAUUGAAGCACGUAAGACUCUAUCAGAGUCAAAGGAAGGUGUAACGGCAGAAGGAAUGAUAACGCUGCUACAAGCAAACAAACACCAGCAAGAGGUAUUAGCCAAAGCAACUUCAAGACAAGCAUCUUCGUCACUGUGGGCAGAUCAUCGAAAGGGGAGGAUAACGGCUAGUGUUGCAGGUGACUGCAUAGGCAGUGUUCGAGAUGGAAAUGUAUCCGGACAAUCGCACAUUGCGCGGGUAAUGGGCUAUUAUGGUAACCCAAAGUCACUGGCCCUUACAUGGGGGAAAACCAACGAGAACAUAGCACGAAAGCAGUACAUUGCCCAUCACCGGUUACACACUAAGCAUACUGGUGUGUCUUGUGAGGAGACAGGACUGUGGGUAAAUGUUCAAUGUCCCUAUGUAGCUGCAUCCCCAGAUGGCAUUGUUUCAUGUAACCAGUGUGGAAGGGGUCUCCUAGAAGUAAAGAAUCCAUACACCCACAGGCACUUGCCUAUAAAGGAUCUUGCGUGCCAGAAGGGUAGUUAUCUUAGUAACGAAAAUGGUCUAACCCAACUGAAGAGAUCGCAUGGUUAUUAUGCCCAGGUGCAAAUGCAGUUGUGGACAAGCGAAUUUCAGUGGUGUGACUUUGUUGUCAGAACAGUCAGCGCAUCUGAUAGCUUGUUUGUUGAACGUAUUGGAUUAGAUUUGGAUUAUAUUGCAGCUGCCCGCCCCAAGUUGGAACUAUUCUUCAGAAAAGGAAUAGUACCAGAACUUGUCACAAGGAAUAUCGAAAAAGGCGUAAUCGAUAGAGCUGUGAAAAAGGCAAUGGAGAGCAUGUUGGUCGCUAUAGAAAGUAGUGAGCCCACUCAAAACACGGACUAUCCAUGUGGUAUGUGUGAUGAAGUGUGCCAAGCACACCCUGUUGCAACUGAGGAAAACAGUAUCUGCUGUGACAAUUGCGACCGCUGGUUCCACUACAUCUGUGCGGGAAUACAAGGCAGCGAGAACUUCUUGAAGAAGAGAAAAGUGAAUUGGAAGUGCAGUGGGUGCACCCCAAAAAGAAGAGUGAGGCAAAGAAAGAACAAUGCCAGAGCCAAGCCAUAAUAGAGCUGCGAACAUAUGCGCGUUUGCAUUUACAGGUACAACACCGAUUUUCCAGAACCAUUGGUUCCACGGCCUU